UUGAGAAUUUGAAAAUUGGUGAAGCUUUGGUUAAAUUAAUUUCUCUUAAUUGUUUGAAUCUUUUUUUCUUUUCUUUUUCCAAAUUAAAUUGAUUUUCUUAAUAAUCUUGUGUAUUGUGUAUUUGGUCUGUUAAGUGAUGGCAUCAAGUAGUAGAGCGAAACAAGAAUUGCCGGAAGAUUUGUCUCAUGUUGAAUUUGAGACAAGUGAAGAUGUUGAAGUGAUACCAACAUUUGAUGGAAUGGGUUUAAGGCAAGAUUUACUUCGGGGUAUUUAUGCCUAUGGUUUUGAGAAACCUUCAGCUAUCCAACAAAGAGCAAUUAAGCCGAUAAUUAAAGGACGAGAUGUUAUCAGUCAAGCUCAAUCUGGUACUGGUAAAACUGCUACAUUUUCCAUUGGUAUUUUACAAACAAUUGACACACAAAUUCGAGAGACUCAGGUUUUAAUUCUUAGUCCAACCAGAGAAUUAGCAGUUCAAAUUCAAAAGGUAAUUCUUGCUCUUGGUGAUUAUAUGAAUGUCCAGUGUCAUGCAUGUAUUGGUGGUACAAAUCUUGGUGAAGAUAUUAGAAAAUUAGAUUAUGGUCAACAUGUGGUCUCUGGUACUCCUGGACGUGUUUUUGAUAUGAUUAAAAGGAGAAAUCUUCGUACAAGAUCAAUUAAGAUGUUGGUUCUUGAUGAGGCCGAUGAAAUGUUGAAUAAAGGUUUCAAAGAGCAAAUUUAUGAUGCUUAUCGGUACCUUCCACCCUUCACUCAAGUUGUUCUUGUCUCUGCUACAUUACCUCAUGAGAUCUUGGAGAUGACCAGUAAAUUUAUGACCGAUCCAAUUCGUAUUUUGGUUAAACGUGAUGAACUUACCUUGGAAGGAAUCAAACAAUUUUUCGUAGCCGUAGAAAGAGAGGAAUGGAAAUUUGAUACAUUGUGCGAUCUUUAUGAUACAUUAACCAUCACCCAGGCUGUAAUUUUCUGUAACACAAAACGAAAGGUUGAUUGGUUGACCGAAAAGAUGAGAGAAGCAAAUUUUACCGUCUCAGCGAUGCACGGGGAUAUGCCACAAAAGGAAAGAGAUGCCAUCAUGAAAGAAUUCCGUUCUGGUCAAACUCGUGUUCUAAUUACAACCGAUGUUUGGGCUCGUGGUAUUGAUGUACAACAAGUUUCUCUUGUUAUCAAUUACGAUUUACCAAAUAAUCGUGAACUUUACAUUCACAGAAUCGGCCGAUCAGGAAGAUUUGGAAGAAAAGGUGUCGCUAUAAACUUUGUAAAGACCGAUGAUAUUAGAAUAUUGAGAGACAUCGAACAAUAUUACAGUACACAAAUCGACGAAAUGCCAAUGAAUGUAGCUGAUUUGAUCUAAUCAUCUAAUUGAUCAAUCCAAUCACACGAUUGAUAUUUGAUAUUGUUUACUUUUAACAAGAGUUCAAUUUGUUUCAAUUGUUCAAUCCUCAUUUUCAACUCAAACCCCAAUAAACACA